CGAUGGCCACUCCUGUUCUCGACAUGUUAGAAGGGUCAGACUCCGGUCACGAUAAAGGUGGCCGCAGUCUUUCUCUGAGCUCCGUCGACGAGUCCUACAUCACUCACAGUGGCCUUCCCAGAAGGUCCAAAAGCGACACUACUUGUCCGUCCCCAAGCGUCCACGGUACCCUCACUAACCACUGCCGCAGUUGUCUCGACGAUGACCCUACCGAUGGUCGUCGGGACUGGACGUCGUAUCAAGACCAACAACACGAUUCGAGCUGGUGUGAGAAGGCUAUCAACGCCCCCUGCUUUACGCCCACUUCCAUAUGGACCCCAACCGUCGCCGACAGUGCCUCUACCGAUGAGUACCAACCUCAAUAUUAUGGUGAAGUCGACGCUCAUCCUCAUCUACAUCGAAGAAGGUCGCCAAGCCAUACCACUCCUCCGACACUUUCCGAAGGUGGAGGAGGUUACAUGUAUUACAGUACCGUACGCACCCCGGCCCAGUCCAGCCUGCCUUCGCCACUCAACUGUACGACCCCCAGCGGCACCGCUGCGAGCACAGUCACCCGAAGCAAGACUCCCCUCUACAUCAGUGACCACCUGCCUGAUGUCGUUACCACACCUCCGUCUCAUCCAAGACAACAACAACAGGAGGACUCCUCUGAUAUCACUCGUUUCCGCGGCCAACUCCGCGAACUAGGUGUACACGAUCCGCAAGAACAACUGGUCACCGCUCGCCUGUUGAUAACCACCGCUAAAGGAGUCGAUGAGCUUUCUCGAAGACUCGGGAGGCCCGUUGUGGGGGAGCUCAUGCAGUUGUUGCUUUCUUCGGAGAGAGCACUGGGAGAAGGGGUGAGCUC